ACACUGCAACUCAUUAAAUAUGUAAACCGAAGAUCAUGUUUUUCUGUUUCUUCGAAUAGCUCAGUCAGGCCAUAGUCAUAGCCACGCCGGUUGCUGUUUUUGGCCGUUAUGGAACACCAUACACUCGCUUGCAAAACUCCCCAGGCUCGUGACAGCGUAUCGAUAGGAUAAUUCCGGGUGGCAUGCGAUUUCAGGCCGGGUAGAUGGGUGUAGAAGAGUGCAGGGACGGAUUGUCGCGUGUUCAUAACAGCUGGCGGAGCUCUCCCCGUGCACUCCAGACGACACCCGGGGUAUACAGUUCGUGCAGGGACGACAGGAGUAACGCAUUCCAGAAUAGAAGCGAGGGUUUAUUGUGUGCUGACGUAGACUGCACGCCCUUGUUUGUCUCAGGAGGGGGAGAGCACUAGCACGAUUCUACGAGGAGGGCAGGAGUUACUUCCCGCUGAGUGUACAAGCACCACGAAGUAGAGACUGCCAGUAGCCUCUGACCUCACUGACUUCGUGAUGGAUGAGGAAGUGAUGGAGGAGAAAGACUUCUCUCGCCCAGUUUUUCUCAGAAAGCCAGGCGAGGUGGGGUUGUAUGUGGAUGUGGAUGACGCUGUGCCGCAGGACGCUCACGCCUACGGCUCGGAGCACUUGAUGCGCGUGGAGAUGAACGAGAUGCUCAGCGACCACCUGGCGCGUGCUGACCUCGUCAGGAUCAAGGGAGAGUUAGAGAAAAGGGGUUACUUCGAUGGCAUCAUUCUGGAAGAGUUCCGAAGAGGAGGCGUUCUGGCCGUCUGUUUCGACAGCCUGGCUGCCAUCAAGGACAUGCAAGCGCUGUUCACCAAGCAGCAGGUGUCGCCGAUGUUCCAGGCCAUUGUGGUGGACAAGGCGCUGCUCAAGACCAUGAAGGUCAGGAAGCUGACACUGCGCGUGCGCCUAUGGCAAGAUGAGGUCGACGCUUGUGUCACGGAGAUGACACAUAUCAAUGGCGUCAAGAUCGACAUUCACACACGGCCACGAGACGUUGAGCUGCUGCAGACCGUGCGCCGCUACCAGCGCGAUCAUCUGGCCGGCGACGUGCAGAAGCUGCACGACCUGGAGGCGACCUUUGACCAGCACCUCAGCGAGUUCCUGUUGGUGGUCAAGCGCUCGCUUCCCCAGCGCAUGGACAGCCUGCCCAACCUCAAAGAGUUCCAGACGACCAUGACGGUCGCCAUGGGAACGGGCAGUGCCGGCAUGGAGCACGUGCGCAACUACCUGUCCACGCUGGACUUCUUGCGGGUCUUGCUGGAGCAGAUACAGGACCACGUCCUCUUUCCCCUCUCGCUCAUUCCCGCGCGCUGCGAGACCGAGAAGCAGCAGGAGUGGAAGCGAGCUAUGAAGAGCACAUGCGCGGAGAUGCAACGUCUGCUCAAACCAAGCACCGCCCUGAAAGAGGCGACCUUCAAGGGCUGGGAAGGGAAGGUUCUUCCCAGAGAGAGAACCCUGUUCAUGGGGCUGAUCAGCUUGGUGCCCCUGGGACUGGAAAAGGUCUCGGACAUUGACCACUUGCUGGACGAGUACGCCACAAACUUUCCCGGGGUGAUAUGAGUCACGUGGGUGCGCCACAAACUUUCCUAGCUGUAGAUAUUCCCUGGUCAGAUAUGAACCCCUCACAAUUUGUUUGUGUCAUGUGUAUAGAUUUUAUCCUGCAUCGUGCAUUUCUGUAUUACUGCCGUGUCCAGUUCAUGUUAACGUGUUUUCUUGUUCUUACUACUGUUUUUUUUAACAUGCACACACACUCACUUUAUUAUGCACACUCAUCUCCCUUUUUCAAGACAACAUCUUCCUUGCCAAGCACUCAGCAUUCGUUUAACUAUUUAUAUACCAUGGAAUACUAUGCACAUAUUAUUCUAGCUUUACACAUCCUACUGCGCACACAUUAUCUAUACAUAUAGAUAUUUUUAUCAUCCUACUAAUUUACCACAAGAGUAUUCUCCAAUUACAUUAUUAUCGCGGCUGAGGCUUUGACCUUUGAAUAUCAUCUCAGAAGGUCGGUUCUAGCCAGAAAAACUAACGUUUCGUCUUUCUUGUCGGUUCUGUUAUCUAGCCUACCUGGUAGAGUUGGAACCUCUAGAACAUGGUUGUCUCCCUUUCCAUGUCAGCCAUUUUGCUUUCACAACAGCAGUUGUAGAGACUCAUGCCUUGCUGAUUUGUCAGUCUUAAGUUGCCGGAAGCUUUAGAAAAUAAUCUUUGUGUCCUCAGUCACACUCCUCUCUGCUCCCCGCCGCCUCCUAAAAACAUAUCCGUCAAAGUAUUGACUCAAGGAAACUGUCAAAUAGAGAUUCGACUAAAACUUCGGACAGUAUUUCGCAAGUCUUCAGUAAUGUCACUAAUAUCUGUGAUUAAACAGCCAUUAAUAUUACAAGACACAUUUUUGAUUAAGAACAGAUUAUAGAGAAUAAAAUCAUCUUCCCAACCCG